AUGUAUUGCGGUUUUGCGGAUGAGGUGGUUGAAGUUUUGCAAUGGCAGGAGCGCAACCUGCAAGUGCACUUUAUCAAGCAAUGCUGGAAACGCUUCAAACACAAGGACAAAUGGUAUGAGCUUGCUUGUCCACAUCAGGGUGCCUCAUUACUCAGUGGGAAAUUAGAAGGCAGGCCACGGCUAAGUGCACUCAUGCCUGGAUUUAUUGUCAGUACUGUGGUUGCCGCUGCGGCCUGUUUUUUAUCUGAGCAUUAUGGUGCACCAGUGAUGUUAUUCGCUUUGUUGCUUGGGAUGGGCGUGAACUUUCUUGCAACAGAAGGAAAGUGUAAAGCGGGUAUCGAAUUUACUGCGCGAGAAGUAUUGCGUUUUGGGAUCGCCUUACUCGGAAUGCGAAUUACCCUUGAGCAAAUGACUGCGCUAGGUUGGCAGCCCAUUGUUUUGGUCAUUUCAUUGGUCGUCAUUACCAUUCUUGCUUCAGUCAUCGCAGCAAAAGUGCUCGGGUUUAAUAAAUUUUUCGGUAUGCUGACUGGUGGCGCGACAGCGAUCUGUGGAGCUUCCGCAGCAUUGGCCUUGUCUGCAGCUUUACCCAGUCAUCCACAAAAAGAAAAAGCAACCUUAUUCACCGUCAUUGGAGUAUCUGCACUUUCAACUUUAGCAAUGAUUGUUUAUCCCAUGAUUGCGCAAUGGUUGGAAUUGAAACCACAACAUGCAGGGAUUUUUUUAGGUGCAACCAUCCAUGAUGUCGCCCAAGUGGUGGGGGCAGUACUGGAUGGGUACCUACAGUUGUUCAAACAGGAAUGA